UUUCCAGGUGCUCUGAUGGCAUAUAAGGCACCUCGGUCCUUGAAAGCAUCACAGGAGGAGGACGGGCCGUGGCCAGCAGAGAAGGUGAAGGAGCUGAGACAUGGAGGACAACCCAGCACCAACUGGCAGGAACAACUGAAGGGGUCAGAGGAAGAUUUGGUGGCUCCAGCUAAACCCCUGAUGGAUGCAACCACUUUCAAGGAAAACUUUGCUAACACAUGGGAGAACGAAACAGAACUGUGCUACGAGGUGGAGGUCCUGGAGGGUGACACCUGGGCCCCAGUGGAGGAGCUCCAGGGCUUCCUGUGCAACCAGGGACCCUGUCAUGCAGAGUUGUGCUUCCUGUGUCUGGUCCGUUCUUGGCACGUGGAUGAGGGGAAGCAGUACAGACUCACCUGGCACAUCUCCUGGAGCCCCUGCCCUAACUGUGCCCAAAAACUAGUUAAAUUCCUGCACGAUAACAGCCAUGUGAGCCUGCGCAUCUUCGCUGCUGGCAUCCAAACCACAUUCAGUGGACAUGAGGAUUGGCUGCGAAAGCUGCGGGACUCGGGGGCCCAACUCGCCAUCAUGACCCUCAAAGAGCUCCAGCACUGCUGGGACACCUUCGUGGACAACCAGGGCCAGCCGUUUGAGCCCUGGCCUAACCUAGUAGAACACAUACAAACCGAAUCUCAGAAGCUGAAGGACAUUCUCGGGAAUCAGAAAAACUGAAGAUGGACUUCCAUCUCUCUAAAUGUCGGGGGUCUUCUGGUGAACGAGGCAUCAAACACUUUCUUCAAGAAAUGAAAGCGCAUCACGUGCUGCCAUCUCCAACUUGAUCCAAAGAAUCCAGUAAAAAGCAACGAAUGAGCUCAGAAGGAAUUUUUUAAAAAUCUGACUGAUUAACUUUUCAUUUAAAAUCUAUGAUGUGUUCUAAGUACACAACAGUAAUAUUGUAUUCAUUACUAUCAGAAUCAUUUUUAUAUUUAGAAAAUUAAUUAUUUACACAGAUUUUAAGUUCAAAGCAAUAACAUGAAAGAUUAAGAAUGUUCCACACAAUGCUUUUUCCUCUGUAAGUGUUUCAUGAAGUCCAAACAGUUCAAUAAACACCUGCAGAAGUGAAAA